UUCAUGUUUGUCAUAAUGUUUGUUUUCAGUUUUUCCAGCUGUGGGAAGAAAGUAGAACAGAAAGCUACAACAAGCACUCCAUUCAAAACAAGACCAUCUGUUUUUGAACCUCCAGUAUCUGGAAUAUCUUCCAUUUCCAGUGAAGCAGAGAGUGUAACAACCAUAACUGCCACAGAAGGCAAAAGCUCCUCAGAUUAUGAGACCACAAUGACAGCACCUGGAACUGACAUCAGUCAUGCCGGUGGUACAGAGGUGAUAGGAACUUGUACCACGGUUCCUGCAGUGCGGAAAAAGGGCCAUGGAAUAACAUCCAACCCAAAGUUUGCCUCAUUCACAGACCCUUUUAACCUGUCCAUCGAUGUCACAAAUAUUGAGGAUGAGGAUGAAGAUGAAAACGACUCGGACUAUGAACCUAGUUUCAGCUUUGAAGCUGUCUUACCAGAUGAUGUUAACCAAAACUAUGAGGAAGCAGCAUUUGAAGAAGAGGCAUUUGGAAAAGAUGGUUGUGAUGAUGAUGCUGAUGCAGAAGAAGAGUCUGCAGAUGAUGACCCUUGUCCUGGCAUUCAAAGGCUAAAGACUGAGGCAGACAGUGUGCACUUGAUAGGUUCCGCUGUCUGUUUUGCAUAUGUCUCGGCAAUCUUGUCUCUAGCCCGUAUUAAAGUGAUGUCCUGUUCAGUGACAGGAUGCACAGAUCCAACCAAUAUCUGUGUCACAGAUUAUUUCAUUGGAUCAGCGUUGUAUCUCAAAUGGAUUGUGAAGAAGAAAGCAAACCAAAUUUUAAUACCAUGGCUGAAGGACAUUGUAAACCACUUCUGGUUUGCCUGCAGCAAGGCUGACUCCUAUGAAGAAUUUCUGAGCAUAUGGCGCGGAGUUUUACAUCACAUCACAAACAAGCACGAAUGGAUCCUGUCUCAAGGAACUGGAAUAAAUGGGUGUCUUCAUGAUCCUUUAGAUGAAAACGAAGUGCGUGAAAAACCCUGGCUUUCAACUUCAGACCAUGCAAGAGUUUUACAAGACCUGAGUGCUGUGAUCCUGGACAAGAGAUUCUUGAGCAAAGUGUCAUAUUACCUGAAUUACAGAACCACUGCUGACAUAGAAGUGUUCCACCAGUUAAUUUUGAUGUACUGUGCAAAGAGGUUUGCAUAUACACCGCCUGUGUACAGAAUCCGCAACCUAUUGGCAGCUAUCGACCACAACUACCACAGCAACAGACCUCUGAAAACCAACAAAGAUGGAGAAAUAAGGUAUCACAGAUGCUACAACAAAAAAAGCAAGCGCUGGUCAGUCUUUCCAGAGAAAGUAGCCAAGACCUAUGGCUACGUUCCAGAGAUUGCAGAAAUGCUGUACAAAAAACGGAUUAAGGAUAAAGUAGGAAUGGGCAAAAAAAUGGUCUUGGAAGAAGGUGAUCCAAGAAGACUGGCAAAACACUUGGCCCCAGAAUCCCCUCCAUCUACCUCAGCAAUUGUUCAGGCCAAACAGACCAGGUUCAAGAGAAAAUGAAAUUGAACUGAAAAAAGAAGUACUUGGUACAAUAAUUGUUUGAACAGAGCAACAAUAAUGUUGAUAUUAGAUGUAUUGUUUAUGAUAAAUUCUCAAUAACAUUGAUGUCACAUGCAUUGUCUUUCUGAUUUACAUGGAGUAUGAUGUGAGUGAAAAAGUGUAUAUUUAAUAGAUUUAAGCACCACCUUUUUAUGCCUUCAGAUCGAAUGAUCGGGGUAUAAUGUUUUUGGCCUGUCUUUCUGUCUGCCAUCAUGGUAUGUGUGUGUCUGUCUGUUAUUGUACGUGUGUGUCUGUCAUUGUAUGUGUGUGUCUGUCCCUAAUUUUUAUGCCCCCCUUCGAAGAAGAGGGGGUAUAUUGCUUUGCUCAUGUCGGUCGGUCGGUCCGUCCACCAGGUGGUUGUCAGACGAUAACUCAAGAACGCUUGGGCCUAGGAUCAUGAAACUUCAUAGGUACAUUGAUCAUGACUCGCAGAUGACCCCUAUUGGUUUUGAGGUCACUAGGUCAAAGGUCAAGGUCACGGUGACCCAAAAUAGUAAAAUGGUUUCCAGAUGAUAACUCAAGAACGCUUAGGCCUAGGAUCAUGAAACUUGAUAGGUAGAUUGAUCAUGACUCGCAGAGGACCCCUAUUGAUUUUCAGGUCACUAGGUCAAAGGUCAAGGUCACAGUGACCCGAAAUAGUAAAAUGGUUUCCGGAUGAUAACUCAAGAACGCUUAGGCCUAGGAUCAUGAAACUUGAUAGGUAGAUUGAUCAGGACUCACAGGACCCCUAUUGAUUUUCAGGUCACUAGGUCAAAGGUCAAGGUCACGGUGACAAAAAACAUAUUCACACAAUGGCUCUCACUACAACGGAGAGCCCAUAUGGGGGGCAUGCAUGUUUUACAAACAGCCCUUGUUAAACUUUGCCAUAACUUUUGCAAUAUUGAUGAUAGCAACUUGAUAUUUGGCAUGCGUGUCUAUCUCAUAUAGCUGCAUAUUUCGAGUGGUGAAAGGUCAAGGUCAUCCUGCAAGGUCAAAGAUCAAUGUAGAAUAUAUGGGUGGGGGCAUUGUGUUUCACAAACACAGCUCUUGUUGAAAUAUAUAAUAUUCUCAAGUUUGAAAUUUCAUUCUUGUUGUUAAAAAUCUAUUUAUCUGAAAUCAUAAAAAAUAUUUAGACUUACUUGGAUUGCUUGUUCAGGGGAACUUGAUUAGGCAGGUAUCCAUCAAUGAUUUUUACAUGGUUAUGGCCAUUUUUUAACUUGGACUUUUCAUUGUGAACGUUUAAGCCAAGGUCCCUGUCUAGGCAACUUUAAAGUUCUUUGGUUCACAUUAUGUUAUCCACACAAGGGAACACAUUUGUCAAGGCUAGGUAACCCUACAAUUAAUGGUCGCUACUUUUUUUAUCUAACACUUGGAAAAGUGAAAGACGCUGGGAGUAGACGGCUGUUUUAAAGUUGGUGGCAACCUUAAUUAAUUGUUGCUGUAAGGAGUCCCUAUUAGUAAGAUUGAUUUGAUGAAAUGGUGUCAAAUGAUGAUGUACCUUCAGUGCAUUUUUGUGUUUGAGUUAAGGGGUUUCAAGACCAGAGGAUAAAUUAUUUUGUGAAUAAGGUUCAUUGCGAAAGGCAUAUGGUAUUGGAAGAAGCCAGGGCCAGUCAUAUCAAACAUCCUACAACAUUGGCACCAUGCGAUGCAAUUUUUAAAGUGCCAUAAAUAUGUAACCGUCACAUUUAUAAUUACUUUUGUUGCACAUUUUCAAAUUAGCUGUCAAAUAUCCUUUAUAUUUGAAACAAACAGAUCAAAAUAACUUAUAUUUUAAUAUUUCAAAAUUCAAUCGUAAGUUCACCUUGUAGUACUGUCUUUGAUUAGACAGACCCCCAGAUUAGCAAUAGCUCGGGUGAGUUGUGAAUGAUAUUCAUUGGUGUAAUGAUUUAAUAUGUUAUUAAAUAUUUCUGCUUGUAAUUGACAUGAUAUACAGUAAUUAUUUUGUUCUAAAAACAACUCCUAUUUUAUCAUUUAUGUUAGCCUUUAUUGUUGUUGCUUGCUGACUGAAUACAGAAUUAAUUGCAAUGUAUAUUUUGCAACCAUUGUCUUUUGGUUUCUGUGGAAAUGUGUUUAUUUUUUUUUACAUAAUUUCAUUCAAAAUAUAAGUAAAAAUACCGAAGUUCAAACAUAGUUACAUAGACCAUGGAUAUCAAUUAACAUUUUGAACACAUGAGCCAAACUUUUUGUAAAGAUUAUAAAAUAUUUGUUCUAAAAACAUUUGAGCGCAUCACAAAUUUUAGGGGCAAAGGCUACUCAGCUCGAGGUAAUAUUUAUAUCCUUGUAGUAGACAUUAUAAAAAAAUAACAUACAUGUUACCUUUGUUGUAAUUUUGUCAAACAUGCUCUUAGCAUUGAAUCUUAGUAUGCAGCGUUCCAAACAAAACUAGAUAAAAUUACUUUAAUAAGUCAGAAGCAAUUGCAAAGCAGUUUGAUACUUGAAUUUUCUGUCUUAAGUUACUGAAAUUGCAUGUUAUUUGUAAUGACUGUGCAUAUAUACUUAUGUAGUGGUUAACAUGUUGAUAUUCUUACUGCCAAUAAAAAUAAACAAACUUA